GGUCAUAUUACGAUUUUAAAAGAUAGGUCUCAUCAUUAAAUGUGUGUGAUUAUAUUACUAACCCCAAUAGUGUAGUGACUUGCUGAAUAUUUCUUAAGUACUCAAGUCACGUGCUACUCGGGUAAAAGUAAAUCGCCCCUGCACGGAUGACAGUGAUUUCUAGGAUGGUCAUGGUAGCCAACUUAGGGAAAAAAAACAAAAUUGACCUAGGGUUGUUGGUCAACCCCUUUCCUACAAUUAAAAGGCACUUCCCUAUUACACCUUCUUCUUGUCCUUCCAUGGAGUUUUUCAACACCGCCAGAGUUGUUCGUCUUCAAAGCCAUCUGGGCAAGUACCUCCAAGCCGCCGACGACCAACAAUCCACCCGCCUGACCCGCAACGGCGCCACCCCUCACGUCCGAUGGACGGUGGAGCUCAUCGCCGGAAAGCCCCACGUCAUACACCUCAAGAGCUGCUUCGGCAAGUACCUCACUGCCUCCGAUGCGCCUUUCAUUCUCGGCACCGCCGGAAAGAAGGUCGUCCAGGCGGAUCUUGCCGCCGUCCCCAGUGAAGGCUCCAUCGAGUGGGAGCCGAGGAAAGAUGGGUUUUUCGUGAAGUUGAAAACGAGGGCUGGGAUGUUCCUCCGUGCAAACGGCGGAGCGCCGCCGUGGAGAAACUCUGUCACUCACGAUAUCCCACGCCGGACGGCGACGCAGGAGUGGGUGCUUUGGAGUGUGGAUGCUCUUGAUAUCACGCCGCUUGAUGAGUUGGCUGCUGACUGUAUCUCACCGGCGGCCAGCUUUUCGAGCAAUUCGUCGUUCUCGAGUAAUUCUGAUUACGAUUUGGAAACCCGGUCGCCGUCGAUGUCCAUCUCCGGUACCGGAUCUGGCCACGUCACUGACAGAGAUCUGAGUACAAUGGAGCUAUUUCGAAGGGCACAAGUGGUUCGUCUAAAAAGCCACCAUGACAAGUACCUUCUAGCAGAGGUAGACGAAGAAUCCGUGUGUCAAGACCGCAAUGGCUCGAUCAAGAACGCCAGAUGGACGGUGGAAUUCGUCGAGCAUUCAACCACCCUUCGCUUCAAGAGCUGCUUCGGCACGUACCUUACGGCCAGCAACAUCCCCUUUCUUUUGGGCAUAACUGGUAAGAAGGUCAUUCAAACCCAACCCAAAAGGCUUGAUUCCUCCGUCGAGUGGGAGCCCAUUAGAGAGGGCGAUCAGAUCAAGUUCAGAACUCGCUACGGCCAGUUCCUAAGGGCCAAUGGUGGCUUGCCUCCCUGGCGAAACUCCAUUACUCAUGAUAUUCCUCAUUCAACCUCCCAUCAAGAUUGGAUUCUUUGGGACGUUGAUGUUAUGGUGAUUCAAACUCUCAACUCUCUCGAUUCCAUAGCUAGUUCUACUGGAUAUGAACCUAUUCUCCCCCCACCCCCACCACCAUGGAUGACUACAUCCCACCACCAUUCAAAGGUUGAGUCGUCGCCGUCCCGAGAUCAUCAUUCCCAUCACAAGUCAAGUGGGUCACCGGACGAAUUGACAAUGAAGGUCGAGGGGAGAGUGAUUCAUUACAAAAUCGCAAACGAGAAAGGAGACGUGGAAGAAGGAGAAGAGGUGAGGUUCAUAUUCAAAGGAAGUGAAGUGGAAGAGUUGAAGGAGAGAUUAAAAGAGGAGACCCGCCUAGAAGACAUCGUUGUCUGCUCUCGCAACCCUCUCAAUCAAAAACUUUAUCCUCUUCGCCUUCAACUUCCUCCCAACAACAACGACAUGCACGUCGUUGUUGUCCCUUCGUCCGGAGAUGUCGAAGCACCCGACGAAAGCCCGUAGAGCAGAGAAGUCAAACCACAAGGUUUUCUAGGAAUGUUUUUGCAGCUCCAAAUUGACAGAAAGUCAGAUUUUUUCAUGUUAAAGUUGAGAAAGAGGAGCUCAUGCUUAUUAAUUCCCUAUUGAAUUUUUUUGUCUGAAAUUUUUGUAUCAAUUGUAACAUACAAAAUGCCGCAUUGUUUGUAUCAGUUGUAGUAAUAAUCAUUAUUCACAGACUUUAGAUACAUUAUUCAAACAUUGUAAGCUUAGUCGUUAUCGAAUGUUGCACAUUUAUUCGAUUUUUUAGGUUUCGGAAUUGAUAGUAUAGGAUGGCGUUUGGGAUGAAGAUAAUGUCUACAAGAAUUACAAGUCUGACUUAGUGGUAAUAAGUCAACCCUUUUGGAAUUCACCAAAUCAAUUGCAGAUCAUAUUAAGUUCAGGUUGGAAACAAAAUUUUGAGUCUAUCUCUUUCGAACGGUGAAGUCAAAUUUAUGAUUAUAAGUCUUUCUGAGAAUAAGGACUUUGCUUGGAUGUUUGCAGGGUAUCGAAUGGUGGAAGCCUAAGUUCAACGAAGAAUACUAUCAAAGAGGAGAAAGAGUAAGUUCAUUGACAUUGAAAGUAUUGGCAUGCUAAUACAAAGUGUUUUUUUUCAUUUCAAAAGAUUGUAUUUUUUUGGAGUUAGGAUGAUUUGGAGAAGGUUGUCUACAUGGUUGCGUUAAAAAGGAGGUUUCCAAUCCAGUAAGAAACAGUUCAAUGUCGAGUGUAUCAACGACUCAUAAAUGGUACCUUUGUGCUUCAAUAUUUAGGUAUAGAAAAUUGUGGAUUGUUAAGAAAUUUCUAGAUGAGUACAACUCCACGUAAUAUAAUGGAUUAUGCUUGAAAAAAUGAUGGGAUUAGCAAGAUUUCCAAGGGUUUUUUUCUGAAAUGUUUGGUCAGGGAAUAGAGUCUUUGGUUCAGAAAGGCCAACCGACCGAGUUAGUUGUAUAUAUCUCACUUCAGCGAUUUACCCUUUCUAACAGUAGAUGUGAUCGUUGAAUGCUUAAUUCUAUUCCCAUAUGCUUAAUAGGUCCUUAAGCAUAUUUACAUUGCUCGAGUUUGUUGAAAAAUCAGUGGAUAAGUAUGUUCCCCUAUAAGUUCUUAGUAGAUGUCAGUUCUUCAUCAUUUUGAUCACUGUGGUCAAUGUAGUGUAUGCUUCUUUGUAUUAAGAGUUUCUGUUUAAACAAUGUUAAUUUAGUGGUUUAGAUUUAAUUUAAGAUUGUUACAUUUUGUUGAUCUGAGAUGUUGCGUACUUUUAGGCUUUGAUUUAUUUUAUUAAAAACUUCAAAGUUUUGUAAAGGAUGAAAUAUGGCAAUUGGUUGGUGGCUACAGGUUUGAGUAAGAAUACUUGGGAGGGGGAUGAUUUUAGUGCCUCAAAUUACUUUGGCCUCCAGCUUAGUAAGAAAAUGGUUCAAUUAGGGUUCUAUGAGAGAAACAACAUUAGGCCAACCACUUCAGGAGGCAGAGAUUUAACCUUUCCUGUUACAACUAAAGUAUUUUCCUUUCCAUAGAGGAAUGCCACAAUAAAUGAGAGAAAAAGGUUCUCCAGAUCAUAGAAACUGUCUUAGCUAAGCUACAAUACCAAGAUUGGUUUCACAUGGACAU